AUGCAAAUACUCCUCUUUGCCCUCCUGCUCCUCGCCCUCCUGCUCCUCGCCCAGUUGGGCGUGGGUGUAAGCACGAUGAGCACCCUCUCCGAGCGCAAACUGUCGCACAUCAUCUGCCGCGACACCCCCGGCUACGACCACGCCAACAAGGGCAGGAUCGAGAAGGGGAUCAGCUACCUGCGGGGCCACGACCCUCCCCAGGCGACCCUCUGCCACCAGCCGGGCGGCGGGUGCUGCUCCCGCCUGAGCUGUGACACGGACGCCGCAAUCUACGCGUGCAACGACGACGAGGCCGCGGACAAGGUCGUCAGCCUGUCGGACGUCGCCGACCUGGCGCAGGCCGUGCUCGACGACGACGACUGCGUGUGGAAGCCGUCUACUGGCCACGUCGUGCUGGGUCAGGCAUUUGACGACGGUGGGUGGAAUGUGAUUGUGGGCAUCAAGGAUGGGGACAGCUGCUGA